CUUGUCUUCACAGCCCCGAGUUUAUCACCCUCUUCUGAGUCCAGACAGUUGGUAUGCACAUGAGCGUCGGUAUGCUCUUGCACAAACCGUACGCGGUUCUGCCGCUGUCCCAGGCGGCUGCCUUCCUCCGAUAAGGGAAUGUCGACAUCUCUACAUGCCAUGAAUAUGACACUAUUUUGGGUGUGACUUUCUUUCUCUGGAUUACUCACAUCCCUCGGGCUCUAGGCGGUGAGUCAUCCGUUGCGCUCUCUCGAUAUAGACCAUGCAAGUCGAAUUUUGGGGCAUUUGGCAUAGCUUGUUUCCAGAGCGAGCCACCUGGGAUUGGACACAAUGAGCCGUGAAUGGAAAUGUGAGCCCUGUUUACUGGACAGGCUUCGCUUCUCUCUGGGGCGGACGCGCCCGUCCUGCCACAGGCCGGUGCCGUUAUUCCCGCUCCUGCACUUAGCUUCUUCGAAAGGCCGUGCACCACCCAACCACACCAUGUCCUUGGCUAAGGCGUAUUCCUAGCCGCAUCUACUGAUCACAUAGCCAUGUCAGUGCCUCGUAGGCCACUCGACUUUCCUGCGGCUCUGUCAUAGUCUAGCCAUGUAGGCGUGUAGGAGAAGGGUUUGUUCGAUCGUAUCAGCCGGUUCCACCCGCCCGACCCUCACGAUCUUCCUGUCACCACAGUGUUAGCCCCACGCAUCACCGCAUCCCCUUCACUCAGCCAAUGUGCCGCAUCUAUUGGCGCUCACCCUGGUUGUCGCCGCCUUCUUUCCUGCUGCGUCCAUUCGCCCCAUAAUGCUCGGCGAGAAAUGUUCGCGCUGACCGGUAGCCAAGUGGGACCAUGAUCUAUACAUGUGCUGACAGCGGUGCCUGAUAUGGGCUGGCUACAACUCCGACUACCCAAAACUUGGGAUCCCAUUGGGUGAGAUCCCAAGCGGGCGAGGCAGUAAGUUGCCUUCUUAGGACGUCUCGUGAGACUCCCAGCGCGGAGCUUGCUGGCGGUCUUAGGAAGAGGGGGCUGCGCAUGUCAUAUGUGGUGCUCAGGGUCGGUAAUAAAAGUAUUCUGAAUUGUUUGUGACUUCGCGUUUACCAUCCAUUGAAGCGUACUGACGGCGCCAAACAGGUCGUACAAAAGCGCAGCGGAUGCGCCGCAUCUCUUCCCCUCCCACAUAAUAUUGCGAUAACUUCUCCAUACCAUUUAAUCCAAUUUCUCUGCUACGACCAUUACGACGAUCUUUGCUUUUCCUCCAAUUGCACUAUGGCCACGCAUGCAGGCAGACUGCCAACCCGGCCCAGUCACAAGGUCACCUUCAGUGGCAGUGAUACGAUCCAUCUCCUCUCACCCCCGAAUGGGUCACUGUCUGUUCCGGCGACACCGUUGCAGCCGACCGUUCAUUACCCUGAUACACAACUCCAUGCCAUCAGAGCCAUGUCUACAACCGGUUUGGGUGCUCAGCAAUGGUACGGCCUACAGCAGCAUUCAUUUCCAGUGGCUUCCCCUGCGCAGUAUGCUCAGCCUGCGUACCCCGCGAACUACAUCAGUCACUACCCCUCGGGACACGCCGAACAAUAUGGUGCCUACAGUGUCAACCAGUAUGCUGCAGGCCCCGGUACAGUGGGCGGCUUCGUUGGCAUGGGAGACCGCAGCGACGUGGGUCAUGGUUGCCCGCCCCCGACCACACACACUCCUAUCUCUUGCCCGGCGCCCCUCUUGGCAAACCUGUCCCUCCCGUCGACACCCUCCGAGACACCACUCUCGCGUUCCCCGCAAAGCUCUCCUCCGCGCACUCUGCAGGAUUCUCCGCGCCCUCAGUCGUCGUCGUCGUGGGGGACUCCCUCCCCGGAACCGGAUGCGCGGGCGGGCAGGGACUCGGAUGUAUCCCCGCACCUUCAGAAAUUUGCACUGAAGUGGGAUGUUCGGGGCGACAGGCUGAAGUCUCUCGACAAUCCUCCGUGGUUCAGCGAGCCCGCUUUCCGUUCAGGGCGAACUAGCUGCGAGCUGAGUUUCAAGGCCGACAGCGAGCGCUGGAGCAUCCAAGUGCCUGAGAGCAGACGCGGGCGCGCCUUGACUGUCUGGGACGUUCUCUGCGCGAUCGACACGGAGCUCUGGGAGGAGCUCGAAGCCCACGAUUUCUACAAAGGCCACCCGCGGUUCGACGACGCUAAAUUGGAGCGGUCUUAUCGUCAUCUCGGGGAUCAGGAUCGCGAGACGAACACCUUCAGAAGCGUUGACUUCUUCCCCGAAGAUGGAUCAGACUUCUUGGGACUGAAGGAGGACGUCGAGAAGAGGCCAGGGGCAUUCAUUGUCGUCAUAGGCUCUACUCCUUCUCCUUGAGCCUACUGCGUAGUCUGUGUGGUUACGUCUCUGAUUUUUGUGCCAUAUCCUGCGGUGCACAGCGCUUUGAUGAGUAUCUUGAUCUGUAAUAUGCUACACAAGUCAUAGCCGAUCAUUGCACUCCAUGUAUCAUAAUCAUCGCUGUAUACUCCCCCUGUCCUUCUUGCCAUCACGAUCAUGAUGCAGGAUUCCUUCUUCCCAUUAUGAUGUCUCCUAUCUUUGACGGUUCGGCGUGGUAGUCUAUGCUUUGUAUAGUAUACGCCUUACUACGUCCAUACCGAUAGUUAUCAGACACUCCCUGUAUUCCGACGUAGGCAGCUUCCCUCCCGCACCUCACAACAUAUCAUGGCGUGUCCACACUGACCCUC